AUGGUUCUAACGCGAGUGAGAUUGGUGCCAAACUUGACCAAGCUACGGUAUCAUUAUUUGAAAUGCUUCGCUCUGCAGCAGGGAGGCUCAGGCCUCAGUACACGCUUGCCGACUAUUACUCUGCUAUCGGGCAGCCAGCCGUUGUCGACUUCUCGAGCGCUUAAGUUGGUGGGGGGCGAGCAAGUUGAAGAUGGAGAAACGGAGAAUGCUCAGGUUCUGCAGAACGCUCCUAUCACCGUGGAGAACGCUCGACUGCAGGCUGAACUAGAAACCUAUCGCGACAUUCGGGAGUACUUACGAAAAUGGAACGAAACUAAUCCGAGCGUCCUUGAUCCCGUGCGAGAACCUGGAAGUGCUUCAGCUUAUGAGGAUCCCGGUCAGCUGGUGGGGAACAUGCUCAACGGUCGCGAAGCAUCAGACGCCCUGUGGGCAAGCUCAGAAUUAUCCAACAAAGACGACUUUGAUACCUCCCAAGAUUUUGAAGGCGACCACUUGGAGCCGGGAGAUCUGGUGGCGCGACUCACAUGUGACGGCAUAUUCAGUUUCGCAAUAUAUGUUCAAUCCGUGCACAAACAGAAACAAGUGUACACGAAUCGAGGGAACUGGCGAAUUUGCUCCAAUCGAGAGAUCGAUUACGUUGUAAAGGGGUUUGCGUUGCCAAGUCUCCUAGAUCCGAUCAAGCCAUACUUUCCAAAUCGCCCUCCGAAAGCUCUAUCUGAAAUUCAAUCGGUGCCCGAAGGUGGCCUACCACGACCCUUGGGCCGUCCGCUCAUCGAGAUGAUGAUCGAUUUUGAGCAGCAAGUUUCCGAAUUCUACCGAGAACAUUCCCAACUUUUGGAUAAUAUCCACGACAUGGUAGCGGACGAUUCUGACUUUCUGCGUCUAACCCUUGAAGAACUGGCAAUGAAGCUUUUGAACGUGGAUGAAUCGGAACUGAACAGAGUUAAUCUCUUCGCGGUGCACCAAGCGGUGCGCCGACGUCCUUUUGCAAUUGACAAAGAUUUCAAUUCUCUGUUUCAGCCCGUCUACUUGAUUCAGCCCAAGAGGAUCACCAACACAGUCAGGCAGGUGACAACGUGGGUACACGAGCAUCAAGAAUAUCUGGUCCGUGCAGCCAUGGUCAAAGAUACAACUGGGCUCAAGGACCAUCCAAUGCAGCAAUUCGUUCAAAAGGCGCAGCGCUUGAUUCGUCUCAGUCGAAAAGUCAGAUCCCCAACAGUCAUGUCCAGUGUUGGGCCCUCAUCUCAAAAGUUCCAUCCCGGGCAGGACGGCAAACCACUGGUGUACCGCGAGGUCUUGACCGAAAAGUUUUCAAAGACUGAUCAAACGAUCAUUGAGUAUAUGCAGUUGUAUGCUAUUCCCUCGGUGGCAAUGCCUUCUGGCACUUUGCGCUCUAUUGCGUCACAUGUCAUGCGUGCCACGGGUAUGUACAACACCUUGGGUCUGAGUGAAUCGUCAACCAGGAUGUUCCUCCAGGAGCUCGGCGUGAUUUCCCCAUGGGAGAACCUGAGUCUUCUUGAUCAGAAUGUUCUACUUCCCGGCCAUGGAAUGUCGUUGAUGGAAGACAUGAAAUGGGAGGAGCUCGAGGAAACAUGCGCCGCUCUGCCAGGAUCAAUGACCGAUUCCAUGAAAGAUCUCCGCCGAGACUGGGGUGACUUGCCGGUCUACUGUAUUGAUGCGGUAACAGCUCAAGAGAUCGAUGACGGCGUCUCAUUAGAGCGAAUUCCAGGAUCGGAUGACACGUUUUGGGUUCGGAUCCAUGUCGCCAAUCCCACUGCAUUCUUCAAACAUGAUAAUCCCUUGAUGGAGUAUGCCAAAUCACGACUCGCUACAACCUAUGCGCCUGAAAGAACAUAUCCAAUCUUCCCCAAGAGCUUUACUCAGACACAUUUCAGUUUGUCGGAUGGUCGACCGACAUUGACAUUCAGCGCCAAGAUGAAUGUCCAGGGAGAAAUUCUCGACACCGAGAUAAUCAACGGCACGAUCAGAAAUGUCGUGAGCUUAACGCACACCACACUGCAACAAUUCCUAGACCCGGGUACCAAAAUCUCUUCUGAAAGGCUGACCGUGGGCGGGGAGCCAGUUGAGCAAGGUCUCCCGGAAGGAAAGGCCAUGCGCGACAAUCUGACAGCCGAUGAUAAAGACACAUUCUCAAUCUUGCGCCAGCUGAUGCUUGGCUUCCGCACCCAGCGCCAGAAGAAUGGCGCCAUGGAUAUUCAACCACCUCGACCCGACACCUCUCUAUCCGUCUAUCUGGGAACGACUCCAGCUAAGCCAUAUGAUAUUCAAGUCAACGAAGGCCGGUACUUCCUCGGCGACCCGAUCAUCCAACUCCAGAUGUCAGUCUUUGACCCUCAUGAAGUUCGCGAUGAGUCCAAGCGCUACUUGGUCUCCUUGCUGAUGAAUCUGGCUGGCCACAUUGCUGGACAAUUCUGCGCCGCCCGCAACAUCCCCGUCAUCUACAAUGGUACCUGGUACGACCCUGAAUGCGAGCACGUCACGCGAGAAAAUAUGGAUAAAUACGGCGGAGAGGCAUUCUAUCAGCUCGCUCUGCCCAAAGCCGUUUCGGCGUCCGUCCCUUUGCGUCAUCAUAUGCUCGGUCUAGACGCGUAUGUGAAAAGCACGAGUCCACUGCGUCGAUUCAGCGACGUCAUUGCCCACUAUCAGAUUGAAGCCGUACUGCGCUAUGAACAUGAGCACGGCCGACAAUUCGACGCUACCGUCGAUACCUCGAAAAGUGAGCUCGACGAGAACGGUUCUGGAUCAUCUACGCCUGCUGCAUCCGUCCUACCCUAUUCCCAACUCCAAGUCGACGAUCACAUUGAAUACUCCGCGCCAAUACUAGCCCGACUCCGCGCCAUCUCGACGUACUCGAAUCAGCACUGGGCAUGCAUGCUUCUCUUCCGCGCAUUCUACUUUGCCGAAUGCGCACUACCGGAAUCUUUCCCGGUGAUUCUCCGCUCCAUGCGUGUCGGCAAUGAGGUCGAAGGAACCACCUAUUCGGGCAUCAUCACCAACUUGGGAGUGAAUUGUACCAUCACGAUUCCGGAUACUUGUCCGGACAAGGACAAGAUGGAUGUCUUUGGUGUUGUUGAUGCCCAGAUCAAGGCGGUGGAUAUGGCAAAUCUUGAAGUCAAGAUGGAGGCUACGCGGUUGAUUAAGUCGUUCGGGAGAACGGGCGAAUGGGCUUGA